GCAAUGUAUAUGAACGUGGCUUAUUCCAUACUCGGGAUAAUUUUGCACAAUGCGGCCGGUAACAUCGUGCGAGUAGAGCAGGGGAGACUGAGAGGAGAACAACUGAAGACGAUCACGGGGGACACAUUGUACUACAGUUUCAAAGGUAUCCCCUACGCUGCGCCACCCGUCGGCAAACUGAGGUUUAAGGCUCCUCAACCUGCGCCAUCAUGGGGUGGUAUACGAAACGCUACCAAGCACGGGAAUGUGUGCCCACAAUUUUAUCAGCUUUUGAACCAAUUUGUACCGGGAAGCGAAGACUGCCUAUUUAUAAAUGUUUACACUCGAUCUUUGGACCCACGUGCCGAUAUGCCGGUGUUUUUUGUAAUACACGGUGGUGGUUUCACAUGGGGUUCAGGAAACGACGAUAUUUAUGGACCCGACUUCUUAAUCGAUCAGUCUGAUGUAGUCGUUGUGACAUUUAACUACAGACUUGACAAUCUAGGAUUUUUGUGCAUGGGAACCCCGGAAGUACCCGGCAAUGCAGCUAUGAAAGAUCAGGUGGCAGCAUUGCGAUGGGUGCAAAGAAACAUUAAGAAAUUUGGCGGCGAUCCAAACAACGUGACAAUUUUCGGCGAAAGUGCAGGUGCCUUUGCUGUUACAUACCACACAGUGUCACCGAUGUCUCGGGGACUUUUCAACAGAGCAAUAGCUUUGAGUGGAGUUGCGACAACUUCUUUCACCGUUGAAUUUGAACCAGAACGAAGACCUUUUGUGCUUGGAAAAAUUCUGGGUUUCGAGACUGCAAACACUACAGAGCUUUUAGAAUACCUCCAAAGCGUUCCUGCCGAAGCACUGGUCAACGUAAUGACGCCUAUCAUAGCCUACGAGGAAAAUUAUAUAUCUGAGUUAUUAUUAUUGACAGUACCGGUCGUAGAAAAAGAUUAUGGUCAAGAAAUUUUUUUACCAGAAGAUUUUGAACUUUUGAUUAAAAAGGGACAAAGUAAUGUUGACAUUUUCCUAGGACACACGUCAGCUGAGGGAAUUUUCUUUAUGCCUAAUUUUAAUAAAGAAUCAGUAUACGAAAACUACGACAAAUACCCUGAACUUUUAGUACCAAGAGACAUUUAUUAUUACAGAAGCACACCAAAAACACAUUUAAAAAUAGCGGAUUAUGUAAAACAGUUCUACACUGGGUCAAAGCAGAUGUCUUUAAAAACGGUACCGCAGUUUGUCAGCCUUAUUACGGACAAUUUCGUUUACUCCAUCGUUAAACACGCUGAUCAUCUUUCCGAAUUCAGCAGAAACAACAAUAUAUAUCUUUAUGAGUUCUCAUUUAUAUCCGAAAGAAAUGUUUACAGCCGGAAUGGCUUACCAUAUGGAAUAAUCGGUGUAUCGCACUUUGAUGACCUGAUGUACAUAUUUAACGCCAAGAUGUACAAUUUGCCGCUCAACAAAAAUGCCACUUCUUAUAAAAUGAUACGACAAAUGUGCGGCUUAAUCACCAACUUUGUAAAAUAUGGGAAUCCAACUCCAGACUCAUCGCUCGGCGUAACCUGGCAACCAUACAAUGCAGACUCUCAACUAUUCCUGGAAAUUGGAGAACAAUUGACACUCUGCUCUAAUCCUAUGGAAGCGACGAUGAAUUUUUACGAUUUUAUUAAUGAUAAAAGUUGGUUCAAAAAUCUCAUUUAAGGCACUAUUUACUAAACACUGGUAUUGAUAUUUUUACACUUGAGUUUUAAGCUAUUCAACUUAUUCAUGCAUUAUUAUGUUGUUUGUGUGUGUCUAUUUGUUUGUUAUAAAAAAUAUAUCGUUGAAUGAAUUAUUAAUGA